AUGGUGAAUUUACCAGACGCGGCGAAUAGAGCAAAGAUAUUAAAGGUAAUACUGGCAAAAGAGGAUUUAUCUCCUGAUAUAGAUUUGGAUGUAGUGGCUAGCAUGACCGAGGGAUACUCUGGAAGUGACCUAAAGGAUAAUGAGCCAGUUAUGGAUGAUGAGCCAGUCAUGAAUGAUGUGCCAGUUAUGACUGAUGAGCCAAUCAUAGAUGAUGAAUAUGAUGAGCCAGUUAUGAAUAAUGAACCAGUUGUAGAUGAUGAAUAUUAUUAUGAUGUGGAGGUGAACAUGAUCAACUUCUGUAGUGUACUUGAUAAAGACAUUGACUUGGGGCAGCCUGAUCCGACAAACAAUGAUACAGAGGAACAUGAAGACAUUGAAGAUGAACCUUUAGAAGUCUUAGAUAAUGAUGUGUUUGAGUCAUUUGCUAGUGAACAAGAGCCUAGAAAUAAAUUGUUAAAGUCCAUUCUAAAACCAGUUGCUUGUUCAUCUGGUGAGAAUCUAUGUGUAACUGCGGGGCAUUGUCCGAUUAGAGAAAUCAUAGAAAAGGAGAAAAAUGAGCAUGCUGCAGCUAUAGCAGAAGGCAAACCGGCCCCAGCUCUAAGCGAGAGUUCUGAUAUUCGGGCUUUGAACUUGGACGACUUUAAAUUUGCACAUGAACAGGUAGGGUAA